CGAAGAAGACAAACCUUAGUCCUUAGCCCCAACUAGACGCUUCCAUGGUAAUCAAACUAAUCCCCAUGGAGUCAGCAGCCAUCUCAGCCCGAUAAACGUCAUAGAAAAUGACAGGCAACCUGCCAGAAGCUGAUUUGUUCUCCCACAAUUGGCAGUAUCGGGCUUCAUUUUUCUUUGUUCAACUAGAAAUUCACCAUUGUUAAAGUUUUGUUGUUUCUCUCUUCAAUCUAAAAACGCGUUGUCUUUUUGCAGCCCAUUGUUUCUAUUUCUCUGGUUUCUUUCGAUCCUUCAUCUUUUUGUACUAUCUAUAGGCAGAAAGGGGCAUUUCAUUUCAUUUCUUGGAAGAAAUGGAUCUAACCCAGAAGGAAUUUCCACUCCUCUCCUUUCUCCUGUUCCAUCUUGAUCCCAAUUCUCACCCACCGCUUCCACAAGAACUUGAACAAAGUUUGAGAACCCAAUUUCCCCAUCUGAACAACCCAAAAGUUCUCUCCUCGCUGACCCAAGCCAUCCCCACCUCUUUCUUCCAGACCCAAUUCCUCCUCAAAGCGUUGGGUCCCCGACCUGACCCGGAUGCUGUGUCCACGGCACGAAUCAAGAUGACCCAGGUCCAAGAAUCGGGUGAGGUGGACAAGGAGGUGGAGAUAUACAAGGCGGUGGUGAGAAUGGAGGAGAUGCACGAGGAGUAUGCGAGGCAGUUGAGGGAAGCUGAGGAUAGGCUUGUUGGGAUUUAUAGGAAUGCUGUGGGGGAAUUUGAGAAUGAUGAAGUGAAUGGGGAGGUUGUUGCGAUACUGAAAGCAGCAGAGAGUGGUAGUGUUGUGGAAAACGUGGAUCUUUCUGGGCGGCAAUUGAGGCUAUUUCCUGAGGCUUUUGGUAGGCUUCAUGGGUUGCUUCUGCUCAAUCUCUCUCACAAUCAGCUAGAGGUCAUUCCUGAUUCAAUCGCGGGACUUGUGAAACUUGAGGAGCUUGAUGUUUCUUCCAACCUUCUUGUCUCACUGCCUGACUCUAUUGGAUUGUUGCGAAAUCUUAAGGUCCUAAAUGUGUCAGGAAACAAGUUGACUGCUCUCCCUGAAAGUGUUGCUCUUUGCAGUUCUUUGGUGGACUUAGAUGCUAGUUUUAACAACUUGAUGUCUUUACCAACAAAUAUUGGGUAUGGGCUGGUGAAUCUUGAAAGGCUUUCAAUCCAGCUGAAUAAGAUCCGUUUUCUUCCACCAUCUAUUUGUGAAAUGAAGUCUUUGAGAUACUUGGAUGUUCAUUUCAAUGAGCUUUGUGGCCUGCCACUUGCAAUUGGGAGAUUAACAAAUCUUGAGGUCCUGAACUUAAGCAGCAAUUUCAGUGACUUGACUGAACUUCCUGAAACAAUUGGUGAUCUAACUAACCUGACAGAGCUCAAUCUGAGCAACAACCAAAUUCGAGCUCUUCCCCAUACAUUUGGUAGGCUUGAAAAUCUGAACAAGCUCAACUUGGAUGAAAAUCCACUCAUAAUUCCUCCGAAGGAGAUAGUGCACAAGGGCGUUCAAGCUAUCAGGGAGUUCAUGCAAAAGGGGUGGCUCAAUAUGUUAGCAGAGGAACAACAGAGGAGAAUGCAGGAGUCAAAUCAGCAACAAGCUCAAACUGGAUGGCUGGCAUGGGGCACUUCCAUGUUGAAUAACUUUGUGUCUGGGGUUUCUGAAACUGUUUCAGGAUAUAUAGGAGGGACAAAAGCUCCACGGGAUCCAUAUCUGGACCAGCAGUUAUGAAUUUUAUUCAGCUUCUGGUUUGUUUCUGUAAAUUCUCAGUGCAUGCGGUCUGGCAGUAUGUAAAGCUGGUGAAAUUUGCCUUUAGUCUCUGUUAUGCUGGUGCAUCUCCAUGAACUUUGUUCGAAGUUUGUGUAUUCUAGACUAUAAGUAUCAGCUUAUGUGAUAGAACACACAUUUAAAUACAACUUUAGGUACCCAAAAGGUUUCAUGCCAAGCCAAUGAAUGGUGAUACAUAAUGGUUAAUAAUCUUUCCAAUCUAUGAUACUGAAUUACUUCCA